AUGACACCGCUCGACAACAGCGUCUUUGUUUACAAGGGAGGUAACCAAAAGGUUCCCAAGAACAUUUUUCGUGCCACCAUUGAUGCUUCUGCCCGGAUCAUUCCAAGUAUGGCGUUCAAAGGAUGCAAACUAUUGACUCACGUUUCGUUUCAAAAUGGCUUGGAAGAAAUCCAGAGCUUUGCCUUUUUGGAUUGCGUCUCACUGGUAGAGAUUAAACUUGCAAAGACCACCAAAAUUGUUCGAUGCGGUGCCUUUGCCAAUUGUGUCGCCGCUCGUUUUGUCUCUCUCAAUGAAGGAUUGAUGGAACUUCAUACCAGCAGUUUCAAGGGUUGUUCUAUGGUGCAGUAUCUUUGCUUGCCGUCCACUUUGGAGCUACUAGGAAAGUGGGCGUUCGCCGAAUGCCAAAAUCUAAAGGAAGUGGCCAUUCAUGAGGGUCUCACCAAAAUUGACGACUGGGUCUUUGAGCAUUGCAACAACUUGCAAGUCAUUGGUAUCCCAAAUUCGGUCAAGAUCAUUGGUCGCAAGGCGAUUCCAAACACUUGCCUUAUUCAAGAACGAGAAAAUGCAGGAAUUGUUUGGCAACAUGUAUUUCAUUGUAUUGAAGAAUUGGAGCGAUUGGAUCGCCCCCAAGAGGGUGCUUCGGAAGAAGGGGCAGCAGCAACUGCCCUUCUUCCCACCAAUGCUGCUGCUGCUACUACUAGUAGUAGUACCUAUGAUUUGGCAGCGGCCAAGAAGGAAAUUCAAGGAUUAAAUACUGACAUUCUCGAGAUCCUUGAUUCCAACCGCAAGCUACAGGCCCGGACGGCAAUGCUAUCCAAGGGUCACGAAUCGCUGAAAUCUGACCUCAACGCAAUGAAGAGACAACAUGACGCUACUGUCGAAGAACUCUGGCAAGCCAGCCAAGACCGUGACGACCUCAAGCAACAAGUUGCAGCCAUGCAAGAGUGCCUAUACGUAUUGAAAGAUGGUGUCGAAUUGCUGGCCAAGCAGCAAAGUCUGCAAAAAACGACCGACGUGUUGCCACCAAUGAUGAUUGGAGUGGAAGAGACGUCAUCGUCUUCUUCUUCCUUGGACACUCCUACCACCAAGAAAAGAUCUCGUUCUGAAUGUGAUGAAACGCUACAACAAGUCGAUUCGAAUGUCAUGGGCGGCAUCAAGAGAAUCUUUCGAGGAAUCAUUCCUUGGUCGGCUGAACCAAAAGCCAAGAAGCAAGAUAUUGGGGUUGGGAAGAAAGAAGACCUGUGA